CAUACCAAAGUACCAACGAUCAAUAGACAAUUGUUUCAAAUGAUAACUUGAAACUUCCAGCCGUGUGAAUUUCCAUUAAUCUUUCGACUUUUUCACUAUGACCAAGUUACUUUUUAAAAGCGAUUUUAAUGUCAAAUUCAAUCAAGCUCUCCCAGAAGAACACAAGAACCUGUACGAAUAUGGCUAUGAUUGGAAAUUGCUUGGGCAAGAGCAAGAUAAUGCAAUCGUUAUAUCAUGGAUAACGUGCCUGAAAGGGUCGCUGGACUACAUACACACAUUCAUUGGUGUUUAUAGCACUUUGUUGAAUACUAUAGAGGUUUUAUUGAAGUGCGAUGUGGGAGAAAAUAUAAUACAGGCGACUACAAAUCCCCAGAGAACUAUAAUUGUUUAUUCGACGAAAACUAUGAUCUCUGAUGUUGAAUGUUUUUAUAAACUUCAUAUUGCUUCGUCUGACAAUUCUACAGCCAGGUGUGAAAAUCUCGAAAUUGAAAGUCCCCAUCAAAUAAUGGCACAGUUUUUGUACAGAAGCAAACAGUCUGCGGAUCUUGAUCGGUUUUUGGUGUUUGUUCAUCACGACUGUAUAUCACUUUAUAGGCUAACCUAUUUUCAACCAACAGGCCCCUCAACUUCGAAUACAAAGCAUAUUAGAAGUGAGCUUGCAGAAACAGUGGUGAAAGCUUUUUCGUGGGCUCAGUGGGAUGCUACAUAUCAAUCUCUUUUCUACAUUCAUUAUAGAAAGUCUUCAGUGAGGGUUGAAGGAGACAGUAAUGAACAGAACACACAAUCUCCGACUCUAUCAGCUUUCCAGUUCAAUGAUUCGACACCACAUGAAACAGUGCUGAACAUACCUCUGAAUUUACCACCGCCCGUAUUAGAAAUAGAAGCUUCAAGCAACACAUACGAUGACAUUCCAAUACCUUUGAGAGUUCAUGAUUGUGCCCUCGAUGUAACUGUACUUUGUGAUGAUAGGGGUGUUGUUUGCAUCUGCCAUCACUACUUGUAUCAACCCGUAAGUGCUCCGAAGGUGAAUGAAAAUUUGUCAGAAAUCACGACCGUACAUUUAGCCUAUUCUGUCACCUUAUUGCAUCACGGUUUAGUGAUUCAUUGUACAUUGCCAGGAAUUCCAUGGGCCCAGGCAAGCGAUUUGAAACCGAUAUUUGCAUUACAUAAAGACGAUUAUUUGUUGGUGUAUAUGCCUGGAUUAUUUGUGCACUUAUUGGAUCUUGGACCUUGUCAUGAGCCUUGCUGUCAUAUUCUUCUCAGCCACGAAAUUCCCAACAAUGAACACUGGUUGUGUUUAAAAGACUAUGAAAAUGGAAUAACUCUUGUAAAUGUUCAAUCACUUCACACAUUCAAUCUGGCCAUUUGCAAUAAAUUAUUAUUGGAAACCUAUUUUGACCCAAAUUCUGGCUUAGCCAAUAAACUAUCGAUUAUACACUAUUUCCUUGUUCAUAGAUACGAUUUUGACAUAAUUGGAGAGCUGUUGAACAAUAUCACUGAUGAUUGCUUGAAUAAUACUGCACAAGAAAUAUUCCAUGAAAUCCUUAUUGGUGGUGCUUAUGCUUCUGUUUGUAAAAAUCUUCCAUCAGACGGAGUUAAAAUGAUGCGGUUUUUGCCCUUAACAACUGUAAAUAAGUUUGCAUCCAUGGAAGUGAAAUUAGAUGGUAGAGCAUUGAGCUUAACGCAAGAAGCCCUCUGGAAUCCUUCUGUGAUGUUAUUAUCACCCCGACAAAGGUUGUGUCAGUUUAGAAUAGAUCUGUGGACCAAACUUUGGGAUCUUAUCGCUGAGACGGCAGGCAUUUCGAGGUUUAAGCCAACGAUGGUCGCUGAUAAACUGAUGGUGUCUCUUAUAUGUUAUCAGCCUGAAGCUCUCUCGAGAUGUAGCACUCCACUAAGUCCAGGAAGUAGUUUGUCAGUAAACACAACUCUUGCUGAAAUGACCAGUGUGGGAAAUUAUAGAGUUAAACCCGUUCUUCCAUUUUAUGAGGUGGAAAAGUGCACUGCUUCGAAACAGGAGCAUGUCAUCUCUGUGAAUUUGCGGGAAUUAAGUAUUCAUUUAGUGAAACUGGGGCUAGACAACCCUUUGCAAGUACAUGUCGUUGCGACUCGAUAUGCCGCUGCACAGCUGGAAAUGUCAAGAUUUUUAUGUAGUUUAGUUACAAGUGCAGUUGGUGUAUCAAUUCAACAUGUAAAAGGUUUUCAACUCAUAAAUGAUUUACCCUUGCUCAAGAGAAAGAUGCUUUUCUUUGUACUGGAACGGUAUUCGCUGGCAGUGGAUUUCAUGGCGUACCCCUUGCCCCAGGGGUUUUCCUCGUUUUUUACAUAUUUGGCUUAUCGGAGUAUGAAUUUUGAUAAGUUCUUCCAGUACAUACAAGCGAAUGCUUUGCAAUUACAGAUUGAUGUUAUGAAGAUAAUUCUUCCAGAUCUAGGCGAUUCGAAAGAAGGCGUUAGGAAGAAAUUAAAGUUACUUCUUCUACUCCCUCGGUCCCGCGCUCGACGGUUGUUAAAUCAGUGGGCCCACCCAAUGAGCUUAAUGAUACGCGCUAGAGAGCAUGCUAUGAAUAUACUAUCAGGAUUAGAAACUAGAACACAUCGCCAUAAAACAAAUUUAACUACAGGCCCUUCAGCGCAUACAUUUCAUUCCUCGGAUAUAUAUUCACCACUUGAUACAUUUUUGGACUUGCUAACAGCUAAAGCAAGUUUGGCUGAAUUGGAUUUCAAUUUGCUUGUUGAAGCGACAAUGGCUCCGAUAGAAGACUGUUAAGUAUGAAACAUGGAAUAAAUAUAUUUUUUAAAUACCCUAUCGUCAAUAAUGUUUGUGAAAGUGCGGUUUAAAAAAAAAAUUGUUUUAAUAUAAUCCUAGUUAUGUGUGAUUAAUGUAACUGAAACCAAAUAAGAUCAGAUUCUAUGUUUACUACAGUGUAUAUAAACAAGUGAGCGAUCAACAUGGAGCUUUAACAUUUCAACUUGUUUAAUAAAAUAAUUAAACUAUUAAUUUUGUUUUCUUCCUUUAAAAUUAUGAUUAUCAUCAUUGUGGAUAAA